CGCCGAUGCUUUGCCGCAGCGGUAGGCUUCUUGCCCACCAACGUUCUCCGUCUUGUCUUCGAUGAUGACCAAGAGCAAGGCCCUGACGCCUCAAGAAAUGUAUAGGUUAAGGAAACAGCAGGAAGAACGAGAGAGACUGGCAUAUCUACCGCCGGGACUUGUCAAUCAUGGCAAUACGUGUUUCAUGAAUUCAGUGCUGCAAGGGCUCAUUGCGACACGACUAUUAUCCAAUCUAAUUCUGUUUGAACCUAUACCUCUAGAAGUUCAGCGGCACUCGGCGAACGCACUCGUGUCACAAAGGUCGCCACAACUCACGAAUGGACAUCCUUGGAGUGGGACUUAUCAGAAGGAAUGGGUGGAGGGAAUGCAUAUAGGAGAUGUAUUCGUGAAUGUCAUGUAUAAAGCGUGGAGUGUACAGAGAAAUCGGGGAAGAGAGAGUCUAACUCCAAGGCAACUAUUAAUGACUCUUGGAAGGAAAUAUGAUCAGUACCUCGAUUUUGCGCAGCAAGAUGCGCACGAGUUCUUGCGUAUCUUACUUGACGCAAUGCGGAUGGAAGAAUUCGAUGUGAUAAAGAAACGGCAACCACCCCCAGCACGAAGAUCUGCCCGUCGAAGAACAGUCGUUUUACCAAAGAUUCAACUCUCCUCUUCAACCCAUUCUGCCGAACCUUUAACCCCACAACUCUAUAUUCCACCACAAACUCAACCUUCAGAUGAACUUCCUUUGAUGUCCUUCGCCGACAUGCUCUUCGGUGGGCAACUCACGAGCGUACUUGUGUGCCAAAAGUGCAAAAACAUAUCCCAUACUUAUGAGGAUUUCAACGACCUCAGUUUGAGCAUCAAAGCAGAAGAUUACGCGAAAGAGAGGAAGAGAGAUCGUUUCAAGAAGCUCGCAAAGAAGAUGGUGUUGGGUAGAAGUGGAACUUUAAAGCCUGCUUUCAGUAGCGGUGCAGAACCGGAGACGAGGGUUGCCUCUGAACCGACCUUACAAACGCCAGCACCCAAUAAAGGUGGGUUGUCAGUGGAAACAGACUCCGUUCACAAUGGUAUUGGUGCUGCAGCUGCCGGUCUUCUGCGAUCUUCCUCUGUCCCACCGAGUCCCAGUCCACACGCGGAAAAUCAGGUGCCUCCUUUUGAAAUCGAUAGCAGCAGAAGGCGGAGCUUGGAUGAUCUCACAUCUAGAGGUCUUGACAUGUCUGGUGAAAAACAGGAUAGCGAUACUGAAGAUGGAGACGUGGUGGUUGUAUCUGCCCCUCCUACGCCUGAGGAACGAAAGAUUGAGUUUGCGAAGGAGCCUGAGAGAGAAGAAAAAGUCAAAGCGGGUGGGAAGGGAUGGGGUGAAAAGCUUGGGAGGCGUCUCAGUAUGACGGUAGGGUUGGGAAGGAGUGGGAGUGUGAAGGAUAAAGAGAAGCGCAGGUCGCGUUCACGAGGUGACCAGGAAAAUCCGCCGUUGAGCAAGACAAACACGCUAGAGUCGUCAGCUGAAUCUGUUGGACCGGAAAUUAGAUUGUCGCCCCCUCCUAACAAGAGACAUCCAGUCGCUGAAGAGUGCGACGGAGACCUGAAUGAAACGAUACGGCCUCAGGACAGAGGAAAGCACCAAAGACAUUCCGAUGUCACCGAAGAUGGGAAGCUAAAGGAGAAGAUAUCAAUGCCGAUACAGAAGAAUGUCUCGCCCUCGGCUGCUUCAUCGUCGGUUUCGUUACCCAAAUUCCCUAACAUUCAGCGAUCCAAGUCUCCCAAACCACCAAAGCCAUCUAAGGGAGAGUCGGAAUACUUACGACAGAUCUUGGCCGAUGUAACGACAAGUACUUCCUACACCUUCCCACAUUUACCUGGUUUCAACCACAACGCGAACGGGGCACAGUCGGCGACUUCUCCACCUUCAAGCCCGCAUGCGAAUGGUUCCUGGUUCUUGAAGCUAGGGUUACCUUUACCGAGUGUAGAGGAGUGCUUGAAGAUGUUUACGGCUGUGGAAGUGCUCGAUGGAGAGAAUAUGGUGGGAUGUCGAAGGUGUUGGAAAAUUGCAAAUGGAUGCUAUCGACCCAAGGCCGGAAAGAACGAUGGCAAUCACGAAGAAGACGGUGAUGAUGGAGACGAAAGCGAUGAAGACGAUCACGAGAGGCAGAAUCCGCUUUCGGGGCCCACCCCAGAAUCCGAUGUAAGGCGACCCUCAAUUUCAUCGGCAUCUAACAUUCCAGUAUCCCCUUCCUCCAUUUCAUCACCCAGUCUGAAUACAUAUGGUUACACUAGUGCAAGUGAUUCCGCCUCCUUCAGCAGCCUUUCAUCUUUCAAUGGUUCCAUAACGGGAACGUCAACUUCUGAUACGGAUCUGGUUCAUUUAUCGCACAAGGUUCCUAGGUCUUUACCACCGCCGCCACUCAGCUCACUUCGUUCUCACUCCCACGGGUCUCCUUCAGUAAACUCGCUUUCUCCUUCAACAUCCAACCGACUUCCUAUUAUCUCAACAGCCGAUACUCCCGUGGAAGUUUUAGCAAGCGCUCCCUUGACCGCUCGACCAAACCACGCCGCGCUACCAAGGUCUAAUAGCUACGAUACCAGCAAUUACCAUCAUCCAUACCAUACCCUAUCCCAGUCGCUCGACUCUCGAGAAUCCUUACUCUCAAUACCGCCAGCACGAUCCAGGAGGAUCAGUACCUCAACUCGAUCCAGUAUCAGUAUGACCGAGGACGAAACCUCCGAGGACGACCUAGAAAGCGACGCCUCUCAUACCGUUUCAGUGAUAUCAGCAGCGUCCUCAGCUCCUUCUAUAUCUGCUCAAUCCAAUAACACUGGCGCACCACCAUCUCUCCCUCCCAAACCAAAAAAAUCCAAAGUACCAAAACCGACGAUGAUGCGUCCGGCAUAUAAACGAUAUCUCAUCGCGACUCCACCACCGAUCCUUGUUAUCCACCUCAAACGGUUCCAGCAAAUUUCCAAAAUGCCCAUGAUGUCGUUUUCUAGUGGUUUCAAGAAGCUAGAUGACUAUGUCGCCUUUCCCGAAUCCCUUGAUCUCACCCCUUUUCUUGCACCUAAGAAAGAGGAUUUCGGGUUGGGGAAGAAAGGAUCCGGAGAGAGUAAGAAGGAUUCUAUAAAGGAGAAGCGGAAGGAUAAGGAGCAAUGUAUGUAUCGAUUAUAUGCUGUGGUUGUACAUAUCGGGAAUAUGCUUGGAGGCCAUUACAUCGCCUAUACUGCACUCCCUGAACAGGAUGUUUAUGGAGGUGUUCAAGAGUGGAAGACGAAUUCUGCACCAAGGCAGUGGGCGUACAUCAGUGACACAAACGUACGGUUGACCACUUUGGAAGAAGUGUUGAAGGCGAAAGCGUAUAUCUGCUUCUAUGAGAGGAUAUGAGAGGGGAUUCUAUCUACCCUUUAAGGUUUGUUUAUGGUAUUAACUCAAUAUGUAUCUGCUCAAUAGACAGUCCUGUAACAUUACCCCUCAUCGAUACUGUAAACCAUUUGCUUAGUACUUAAAGUAUAUAUAACAUUCACUUGCAUCUACCGUACAUGUACAGUAGUCAUAACCGGG